AUGGCGUUGCGACUCUCUUUGGUGGCAGUCCUACUGCUGUUAUCGGCGGCAAGUACUACUACGACAACAGCAGCUCCUGCUCAAGCCAAGUCUGACUGCACAGACAAGUGCGGCGAUCUCACAGUUCCAUAUCCAUUUGGCAUGGAAAAGGGUUGUUACCUGCGAGAAGAAUUCUAUAUUUAUUGCGACCGUACGACCCCACUACCAACGGCAUAUUUGAUGAAAGGCAAUGUCAUUGUUACUGACAUUUCCCUUGAUGACGGUGAGUUGCGAAUAUUGAACAUGGUAGCUGAAGAUUGCUAUGAAGCCCAGGGCAAUUUGCCGUCCAACUCCCCUUAUUGGCUCACGCUGCCUCUUCCUUAUACGAUCUCCGAUUCCAAAAACAAGUUCUAUGCCGUUGGCUGUGACACUGUCGCAUAUUUUCAAGCCUUCCGAGGGGAAGACAAGUUCUCCGGAUCCGGGUGCAUCUCCAUAUGCAACAGCCUUGACAGCGUCGAUAAUAACUCGUGCUCUGGCGCUGGGUGUUGCCAAACUAACAUCCCCAGAGGGCUGAAAAAUACGACCGUGGUAUUGAUUUCCGUGGCCAAUCAUACGCAUAUAUGGGAGUUUAACCCUUGCAGCUACGCCUUCAUUGCAGAGCAAGGAAAGUUUAAUUUCUCUGUUGCAGGUUUAAAGAAACAGGACAACAGCUACCGGCUUCCAGCGAUUCUUAGUUGGGCUAUUGGGAAGGACACAGACUCCUGUGAUGAAGCCCAAAAGAACAAGGAGGAUUUCGCGUGCAAGGCUAACAGCAUGUGCGUCAAUGGGUCAGUAGGUUACUUGUGCCGGUGCUUGCCUGGUUAUGAAGGGAACCCUUACCACCCAGAUGGUUGCCAAGGUGGUCUUUAG